CCUCCGCCGUGAAGCUGUCCACGAGCCAACCGGAAACAGAAGUAUACCGCGUCGUCUGUCAGCCCUGUCGUCCACACGGUGUACAGUGAUAUAAGUCGGGUCAGGUUGUGAAAAUCCAGAAGAAAAACAAACAGAAAAAGUUUAUACACAAAUUUUAGUCUUCGAUACCUUUUGGGCAGCUGGAACUGUAGAAUGAGUACACAUUUGUGCAGCUUGCGCGUGCUGGUGGUGACCUUGGGUCUGUCUUUCACAUGUGCCUUGUAUAUCCCUUCAAAUCAGAUCUGGAAGUACGACUCUCAACAGAGGUAUCUGGAGAAUAUCAUAGAGCAACUGUAUCAGUCCCUUAUACCUACCGAGAACGGCGAGCAAACAUUCAAGGAAGUUCUUGAAAUUCUCCGUCCGUUCAUCAGACCGAAGAUGUACAUAUUGUUGAGGAAAAAUGCGAAAGGGACGGACAACGCCAAUGAAAUUCCCCAACAGAGAUACCAAAAGAAAUUGGCUACGAAACAAAAGAAGGUUUCUAUAUCAGAGAACGAGCUCCAGAGUUUUUUCAGCGAGGACCGAGACAAAUUUGGGCCGCACAAACCAAUCUCCCUGAAAAUCGUCAAGAUCCAGCGAUUUCCGGAUACCUUCGAGAGUUUCCCGACAUUCGACCGCUUUAAGAUUCCGUCUAUGAAUGGGAAACCUCACGGUUCCUGGGACGCACUCCCAGUCGAAAUCCCAGUCAACGAGGAGCAACUCAACCCCUUUGAAGACACGUCCGUGGAAGAUCCGUUUGAGGGCUUCCCGUUAGGGGACUUCAUCAACGAUAGACGUGACUGUGAUAAUAUCAAGAAUCAGCCUUGUGACGAAGAGAGCGAUUGCAUCUGUAACGGCUUCUACACCUGUAGAGCAGGCAGGUGUGAGCCAAAGAGCCCUAUCAACAUAGGCGGUAGUUCUCCGGCAGUCACUCCCUUUGGAACCUGGCACGACCUGCUGAUUGAUAAGCGAGACCGACCCUAGAGCGCCAUGGCGGAGGCAUCUGUCCCAACGUUUGAGCCGGGACUACUUGAAUAAAUAAACAGAAAAAUAAAAGUUA